AUGGCGUCAGACCCUCUAAAUCCAUGGCGGCAGGGGCAAGAGGAGCCGUUCAACCCCGAAGAGGACGUGUGGAGCUCGGAUCAAGUCUACGUCAUCCUGGAGGGAAGGGAGAUCAGGGGGCCAGUAGCGACUCGAUCCGAGGGAGAGAGAAGGAAGCGGAGCCGACCUGGACCGACGAGAGGACGGCAUCGAUGGGUGUCGAAGCCUUCACAGAUGGCGGGUCUGGUGCACGAGGGGGACGGCAUGCCUCUGUACAACCUCAACCUUAGCUAUGACUUGCCUGUCCCUGACCCUGGCCCUGCCGAGGUUCUUGUGAGGGUACAUACAGUCGCUGUGAACGAGCUGGAUGUCUAUCACAUGCAGUUUGCAAGCAGUUUCCAACAGCAAGCUCCGUCGGAGGAGCAGAAGGGAGGAGGGGCGAUGGAAGAGAGUGGAGGAGGAGGAGGUAACACCGCGGGGAAGGGAAGGGGGCGAAUUCCUGGGUCGGAGUUUGCCGGGACUGUUGUGGAGGUGGGAGAAGGAUGUACGAGGUUGAAGGUGGGAGAUGAGGUCUGGGGGUCAACAAACCCUGCUCUGUGCUGGAGAGCAGCAGGGGACAACCUGGAGUUUGCAGGGGGAGCGUGUGCAGAGUAUGUGGCAGUAAAGGAGGAAUGGGUCAGCCAUGCACCGGAUUGUUUGGACUGGUUGUACAUUGCAAGUGCUCCUGUAGAUGCGGUAGUCGCUCUCGACGGCCUCCGAGAACUCUGUUUGAACUCUGUUAUCACCAAAGGCAAGAACGUGCUGAUAGUCGACGCUGACAGCUGCAUUGGGUGCUAUGCCGUCCAGGCAAGAUGA